AUGACCUUUGAAUCAGAAUGGCAAAGACAGAAUGUCCAUGGGAUUAAGGACAUUCAGAGACAGCAUCUGGAGCUUCACGAGUCAUUUGUGAGACAUCUAGAAAGGAUGAAGGACAUGUGGAAAGACUGCCUAUGUUUGAUUCUGCAAGUCAGAGGCAGUGGGCCUCUGAGGCCCACAUCUGAGGCCUACCGGCUGCAGGGCCGCGUCAUCACCGUGCUCGACAGGUUCGUGCGGCUGGCGCAGCGGCAGCCUCGCAAGGCCUUCUUCAUCUAUGAGGGCGAGGUGCACACCUACGGCGACGUGGACCGCAGGAGCAACAGGGUGGCACAGGUCUUCCUCCGCCAUGGGGGCCUGGAAAAGGGCGACACGGUGGCGCUGCUCAUGGGCAAUGAGCCUGACUUCAUCCACGUGUGGUUCGGAUUGGCCAAGCUGGGCUGUGUGGUGGCCUUCCUCAACUUCAACAUCCGCUCCCGGUCGCUCCUGCACUGCCUCAGCAGCUGUGAGCCCAAGAUACUGGUUGUAGGAGCAGAUUUGCUUGGGACUCUAGAAGAAAUCCUUCCUGAUCUCCAAAAAGAUGUUAGUGUUUGGAUAAUGACCAAAGACUCUGCUUUGCCAAGCGUGCAUACCCUUUUAGACAAAAUAGAGGCUGCAUCUGAAGACUCUGUUCCAGCUGAUCGACGCUCUGCAAACAACCUCAAGUCAUCUGCUCUCUACAUAUUUACAUCAGGAACAACAGGCCUUCCAAAGGCUGCAUUCAUCAGUCACAUGCAAGUUCUCAAAGGAUCUGCUGGUCUGUGGGCUUUUGGUGCUACUCCAGAAGACAUCAUUUAUAUUACUCUGCCUCUUUAUCACAGUGCAGCAUCUCUCCUUGGUAUUGGUGGAUGCAUAGAAUUAGGUGCAACUUGUGUCUUAAGAAAGAAGUUCUCAGCUAGUCAGUUCUGGAAUGACUGCAGAAAAUACAAUGUGACUGUCAUCCAGUACAUUGGAGAACUUUGUCGCUACCUUUGCAACCAGCCAGUGAAAGAGGGAGAAAAAAAUCACAAAGUCCGCCUAGCGAUUGGCAAUGGAGUACGAAAUGAUGUAUGGAGAGAAUUUUUAGACCGAUUUGGUUCUGUUAAGAUCUGUGAGUUUUAUGGUGCUACUGAAGGAAACAUUUGUUUCAUGAACCACACAGGAAAAAUUGGAUCUGUGGGACGUACCAAUUUCUUUUAUAAGCUUUUUUUCCCAUUUGAUUUAAUCAAGUAUGACUUCCAGAAAGAUGAACCUGUUAGAAACAAGCAUGGUUGGUGUGAGAAAGUUAAGAAAGGUGAGGCUGGUCUUCUCAUUUCCAGAGUGAAUGCAAAGAAUCCCUUCUUUGGUUAUGCUGGCAAUAAGAGACAUACAGAAAAGAAACUACUCUGUGAUGUGUUUAAGAAGGGAGAUCUUUAUUUUAAUACUGGGGAUCUGAUGAUUCAAGACCAAGAGAAUUUUCUUUAUUUUUGGGACAGGAUCGGAGAUACCUUCAGAUGGAAAGGAGAGAAUGUUGCAACCACUGAAGUUUGUGAUGUGAUGGUCAUGUUGGACUUCAUACAAGAAGCAAAUGUGUAUGGUGUAUGUGUGCCAGUAAAGUUAAUGACAAAAAUCCAAAUUUUAUUAAUUUUGAAGGAGAAUACAACACUAGAUUUGGAGCAGAUGUAUAAGCAAGUUGUUACCUGUCUACCCAGUUAUGCCUGUCCUCUCUUCUUAAGAGUCCAGCAAACAAUGGAAAUGACUGGAACUUUCAAACAACAGAAAUUUCGUUUGGUGGAUGAAGGUUUUAAUCCAUCUGCAAUCACUGAUCCACUUUACUUUUUAGAUCGUUCUAAGCAAGCGUAUGUCUCAUUAACCAAAGAAGUACAUGAGAGGAUCUUAUCUGGACAAAUAAAACUUUAAUUAAUCUAAUGCCAGGUUAUUAAGAGACAGUCUAUAUGAGAUACUGUGCAAGAAAUGAUAAGUUUAGUCACCAGUAUUUAUAUACCGUUAUUGAAAAUAACAUUUUAUAUGUUUGAUACUUAAAAGCAGCUAUCUCUUGUAUCUUUCCUCAUUUGAUCAUUAUCAAUCACUAAUUAUUUCCUACCUCUUGAGACUAAGUAUAACCAAAUGACCUGUACAACAUGUCUG